AUGAUUAGUUCAUUAAAAUUCAAUCUUAUUCUAUUUCUGUUGAUUUCUACAAUGCAUAUGUUUUGGUGUCAUCCAAUUUCAUCUUCUAAGGUGUCUGGAAAAUCUGAUUACUUUGUCAUUCUGCUGAACAGCUGCCCAACCAGGAUGGACAGGAGAGAGGGACUAGAUUUUCUAAAGCCAAUUUUGGAGAAGACACUUAUGAAAAGGUCCUUUCGAAAUGGCGUCGGCACAGGGAUGAAAAAAACUUCCUUUCGAAGAGCAAAAUCAUGAAUAAGUGUGCAAAGGACUCUGGGAAUUAAUCUCAAAUUUUGUAUAGUGUGACUAAUGUGCUAAAAGUCAGUUAUAUCUUUAUCAUUAAGUAUUGGUACACUGUCAGUUCUUAAAUAUCUUCUCUCUCCUUCCUGGUACAGAGUAAAUUAAGUUUUAAAAAAUGUAAGCCCGUGUCAAACGUUCACUGUGAGAGAAUAAAAUAUUUAUGUGAUCAGUUAGCAGCUUGCCUGAGUAGGGAUAGACACAUUUGCUUUGAUCUUAAAUUGACCAAAAAGUGUGAGUAUUUUUACUAUGCUUACAAUGGUGUGAUUUUUUUUUCCCGUGCCUGUAAUAUAAUACUGAUUUUUUUUUUUUCUUUUCAAUAUGGUUUUCUGAAAUGGCUUAGCUGGGCCAAUGCU